CGGGCCAAGCUAGGCCAGCCGACGGCGAUUGGAUAGAACGCAUCCCGCUUCAAGCGGGUACAUAACACGUAUCAACACAAAUCGACAGCCCGUAAAAACCGCAGCAUAAAAAACUCCGGAAGUAGUCGUCUUCCGAAUUUCCAAAAAAAAUGGAGAAAAGUGAUUACUCCAUCAGGCUAGCCUCCCCCGAGGACUUGCCCCAGGUCCUCGACCUGAUGAGGGAGAAUUUCUACUUCGAGGAGAACAUGUGCAAGUCUCUUUGUGAAAAAUUCAAAAUAACAGAUGCCGAGAGAAGAAUUAUAACCGAAAUUUCGGACGGAUCCGUCCGGGCGAUAUCGCAGGCCUCGACGUGUUUCCUAGCAGUGCACAACGUCUCCAGGAGGAUCGUCGGAGCCAACCUGACCCUCUUGAGUGAGAACCCUCUGUUCGGAGAGGGCAAGGACGCCCUGGCGGACAUCUUCCCCUCCGACGGCCCCAAAUCUCCGCUGAUUGAUGAGUACCACAAGUACCUGAUGGACAUUAACGACAGGGCCGAUCUCUUCAAUAGGUACCCUGAUGCCAGGACCACUAUGGAGUUCUACGCAAUUGCGGUUGAUAAAGCCCACGGGAGGAAGGGAAUCGCGAGGGAGUUGAUAGCGAGCGGAAUUUCGUGGGCCGGAGCGCAGGGGAUUCCCCUGAUUUUCGGGGUUUUCACCUCUCCGUUCUCGAAGAGGAGCGCUGAACGGGCGGGCAUGAGGAGCAUCCUGGGGGUCGAUUUGCUGGAGUAUGAGGAUCUGGAGGGCACGCGGACUUUUGAAGGAAUUGGACAAAAUAAUAUUGUUGAUGUAAUGGUUCGCGAAAUAUAGAGGCGAAUGGACAUCAGUAAGGGGAGACUACUAUGGGUUUUAGUCGUGGGCUAUUGGAGUGAGAUUUCUCGUGCAGUGAAGAUCGAUUAUAUAUGGCUAAAUAACAAAUAAUUAGUGCAAACAAAUGAUUGUCCUAACUGUUUGCGGGGGGUUAAACAUUUUAAGCGUUUGCACUAAUUAUUCGCUUUUAGACAUAUAUAAUCAAUCUUCAAUGUAUGAGAAAUCGCAUUUCAUUGACCCGCGACUUUUAGAGUCGUCUCGCCUUAGUGGAUAAAAUCGUCGUGUCCAUAUUAUCUCAAUUCUCUGUAAUUCGUUUACGACUUUUGUUGGAAAAUA